AAACAAAAAACUCGUGUGCCCAAACAAUUGAAUUUCAAGAAGCAAAUUAAAAUUAAAAUAAAAUAAAAUAAAAUACAACAAAUUGCUGCAUUUUUUGUUUAACAUUUGAAAUAAAAAGAAAUAGCCUUGGUGCCUUGGGGCCUGGAGAUCUGGACAAGAGUUUCAAUUGAACAACAGAAAAUACCAAGCUAAAGUGCCGGUUCAAAGCGGUUAAAACCCGCCAGUUACUUUACAUUUGAACAACAACUUUAACCACCAGCACAGCUGCAAGAGCAACAGCAACAAACAGUCAGACAGACAGACAGACAGACAGACACACAACAGAGAAACAAACAGCAAAAACUCCAACAACAACAACUGUAAAUAAGCAUAAAAUUAAUUGUCGCCCAAGUGAAGUGAACCGAAGACUGAAGUGAACGUGCAAGAAGAAGAAUAAGGAAAAAAAACCCACUGAAACAGAAGAAGAAACAGGAAAAUAUGGAUACAUUGCAACAGAAUCACCAGAAUCCGGGCUUUGUGGGCGACGAUGGACGCAGCACAGCGAGCACUGUGGUGAUAUCGUCCAACAGUCCGGGUACGGCUGCGGCUCGCGAUAAUGCCGACCACGAGGCAGGAGCAGCCAAAUUGCCCGAGGAACGCGCCACCUGGGGCAAGGGCAUGGAGUUCCUAAUGUCCUGCAUCGCCAUGUCCGUGGGCCUCGGCAAUGUCUGGCGAUUCCCCUUCACCGCUCUGGACAAUGGCGGCGGUGCCUUCCUCAUACCAUAUCUCAUUGUGCUGUUUCUGAUUGGCAAACCGAUUUACUAUCUGGAAAUGGUAAUUGGUCAGUUUUCCAGUCGCGGUUCAGUAAAGGUUUUCGAUUUGUGUCCGGCGAUGAAAGGUGUUGGAAUCGGUCAGGCACUGCAGGUGUUUAUGCUCAGCACAUACUAUGCCGCAUUGGUAUCGAUAAUUGGCCGAUACUUUUAUGAAUCAUUCCGCAAUCCACUGCCCUGGGCCACAUGCCACGAGGAGUGGGGCAGCAACUGCAUUGAUUCCGCCCCCGAUGCACGUAAUUGGCUACCAAAAGACACACAAGAUGAUGAACAAACAAAUUACACAAUUAAUGAGGCAAAUCAGCGGGUUCGCACCAGUUCGGAAUGGUAUUUUGUCAAGGAGGUGCUGCACGAGAAGCCCGACAUUAUCGAUGGCAUUGGCCUGCCCAACUGGGAGUUGGUUAUUGGCUUAUUCAUCGCCUGGCUGUGCGUCUUCCUCAUCAUUCGGCGCGGCGUCAAGAGCUCCGGCAAGGCCUCCUACUUCCUGGCCAUCUUCCCCUAUGUGAUCAUGGGUAUUCUGCUCAUUCGUGCCGUUACUCUGCCGGGCGCCGCCGAUGGCAUUCUGUACUUCAUCAAGCCGCAGUGGGGCAAGAUCCUGGAUCCGAAAGUGUGGUAUGCCGCCGUCACGCAAUGCUUUUACUCGCUCUCCGUGUGCUUUGGCAACAUCAUCAUGUACUCGUCGUUCAACAAAUUCGGCCAUAAUGUGCAUCGGGAUGCGGCGAUUGUCACGGGCCUGGAUACGAUCACAUCACUGCUGGCGGGUUUCACCAUCUUCGGCAUACUCGGCCACCUGGCCCACGAGAUCGGCACCGAUGACAUUGGCACUGUGGUGAAGGGCGGCGCUGGCCUCGCCUUCAUCUCGUAUCCGGAUGCCAUUGCAAAGUUCAAACAGCUGCCGCAGAUUUUCUCGGUGCUGUUCUUCCUGAUGCUGUUCGUGCUGGGCAUCGGCUCGAAUAUUGCCAUGACAUCCUGCUCGGUGACGGCCAUCAGAGAUCGUUUUCCACACUUUAAGCAAUGGCAGUGUUCGCUGUUUAUAGCCAUCAUUAGCUUUGCCAUUGGCCUGAUGUACAUAACGCCGGGCGGACAAUAUAUGCUGACGUUGGUGGACUUUUUUGGUGCCUCAAUGAUUGCUCUGGUGCUGGGCAUUGCUGAGCUCUACACCAUUGGCUGGAUCUAUGGCACUGAUCGCCUGUGCAAGGACAUUGAGUUCAUGCUGGGCCGCAAAGUGGGCCUCUAUUGGCGACUCUGCUGGAGCAUAGUCACCCCACUGAUUAUGACCGUUAUUCUGAUCUACUUCUAUGCCACCUAUGAACCACUGACCUACAACGAUCAAAUUUAUCCAAGCUGGGCGUACAGCAUUGGCUGGACCAUCACUGCGUUUGGCAUUCUGCAGCUGCCCGUUUGGAUGAUUGUGGCCAUUGUCCGGUAUCCGGGCCGUACUUUGGGUCAGAAAAUCUCGGGCGCUUUCACACCAACGAAAGAUUGGGGUCCCCGCGAUCCCCUGCUGCGGGAACAGUAUAACAAGGAGAUUGAAAACGAACUGACACCGAAACGGGGUCAGGGCGUUUGGGCCGCCAUUAAGCAGAAUAUUUUUGGCUAGCCAGCAGCUGGAGCGAUACAUAUUCAGAGCGAGAGCGCUACGACUAUUGUAAAUAAUUUUGUGUAUGCCUGUAUAAUUUUUAAGUUGUGAAAAAGAAUAUAUAAAAAGAUCUUUGAUAGCUCUUAAGUCUGCCAAUAAAGUGAAUAAGUGUGUAAAAAUGUUGCUUUUGGUGUAAGGACUGAUAAAGACAAAAGAGUAUACGGAUUCUAGCAAAGAUUUGAUGAUCCCAAAAGUCAGAGAAGCU